UGUUUGGUCGGGAAUUGGCACUUAUGCGACGGCAAAAAGCGCGCGACGCGGCGGGAGCGAGGUGGAGCCGAGUGCGCCGGUGCCGCGGCCGGGCCGCAUCACUGGAGCACCGAAGAAGGGUCCGUCAGUCGCGGGUCAGCCGCUCCGAACGCCGGAGUCACUCGCCUCCACCUGCCCUGUCCUGUCCUGCCUUCACUGCAUGGCUUCCCGAUGAGCAAAGUCAGCCCGCAGACCGAAUCAAUGUAUCCAGCCGACUUCACCAUGGAAACGGCGCAGAAGAGGAAGACGCGCUACCAAGUCUCCCAACCGGUGGCCCUGGCGCUGCUGGCGGCAGCGCUUUUAGCUAUCUUUCUCUCUGGCUUUGUAACCUACAAAGUCUACAGCUGCAAGUCAGAGGAUUCGGGAAAUAUUUCAAACGAACUGAACAAAGGUCACACAACUGCCAAGUUGACCGACGUCCGGCUACCAACAUCCGUGGUGCCAGACAGUUACCUGGUCAAACUGGUGCCGCACCUCUGGGGUGAACGGUCCAACUUCACCUUCUCAGGCUUUGUCAGGAUCAAAGUCAACGUGACUGAAGAAACUUCAAGAAUUACUCUCCAUUCAAACAAUCUUAAUAUUUCAAAAGAAUUAACUCAAGUAUUUGGUCCUAACAAUGAGACUAUUACUGUCACGUCUCAAAGCAGAGACGAAGCUAGACAGUUCCACAUCAUUCACACAGGUUCUUCACUGCAAAAAGGGCUUAGUUAUACCGUGGAAAUAACAUUUGACGGUAUACUGAAUGAUCUCCUGCAGGGUUUCUACCGUAGCUCUUACCAGCAAGAUAACGAGACAAAGUGGAUCGCAACAACACAGUUCCAGCCCACCGAUGCUCGCCAAGCAUUUCCCUGUUUUGAUGAACCGGGACUAAAAGCAAGAUUCUCAAUCAGCCUUGCUCGGCCUAAAGAACUGAUGGCUGUGUCGAACAUGCCUAAAACGAACAACAUAUCUGAACCAGUUGAAGGUAUGCCAGGCUGGGAGUGGGAUCACUUUGAAGAGAGCGUUCCCAUGUCGACCUAUCUGGUUGCCUUUGUUAUUUCCGAGUUCUCCAAAAUGGACAACGGAUCGUUCUCCGUUUGGUCCAGGAGAGACGCCAUCAAACAGGCCGAAUAUGCUCUGCAGGUUGGGCCAGCCAUCCUCAAGUAUUUUGAGAAAUACUUCAAGAUUCCCUUCCCGCUGCCCAAGAUGGAUAUGGUAGCGUUGCCCGACUUUGCUGCAGGUGCCAUGGAAAACUGGGGCCUCAUCACAUACAGAGAAACCGCAAUGCUGUACGAGGAAGGUGUUUCUGCAAGCAGUAGCAAGCAACGUGUAGCGAUAGUCGUGUCGCACGAGUUGGCACAUCAGUGGUUCGGAAACUUAGUCACACCAUCUUGGUGGACCGAUUUGUGGCUCAAUGAAGGUUUUGCCACUUACGUCGAAUAUCUAGGAGUUGAUGCUGUCGAGCCAUCUUGGCAAGUCUUGGAGCAGUUUGUGGUUGAUGAAAUACAGAAUGUAUUUUCGUUGGAUGCUCUGGAGUCAUCCCAUCAAAUAUCUAUAGAGGUCGGCCAUCCAGAUGAAAUCAACGAAAUCUUUGACAGGAUUUCAUACCACAAAGGCGCUUCCAUUAUAAGAAUGAUGGACCACUUUUUGACAAACAAAGUGUUCAGCAAGGGCUUAAACAAUUACCUAAAGAAUAAAGCGUAUGGCAGCGCGACGCAAAACGAUCUUUGGGAUGCGCUGACUGAACAAGCUCACAAUGAUCAGGUCCUUGACGCGAGCACCACCGUCGCGGAGAUCAUGAAUACCUGGACCUUGCAGACAGGGUUCCCUGUGCUCAGUGUGAAGCGAAAUUACUCCAAUGGCUCAGCUUUGAUAAAUCAGACUCGUUUCCUAAUCAAUCCUGAAAGCAAAACAAGCAGGCAGGACUGCUGGUGGGUGCCAAUUACUUACACAACGGCAGCAACCAAGGAUUUUGAAAGCACCAAGCCAAAGUUGUGGAUGAAGAAGGAGCCGAGGGUGGAGGUCAACGACUUGCCCAAAGGAGAUUCUGACUGGCUGAUUAUGAACGUCCAAGAAACAGGUUUCUACCGAGUCAAUUACGACAAGAGGAACUGGGAAUUGCUGACAAAGGCACUGAACUCUGCAAACUUUGGCGGAAUCCACGUCAUAAACAGAGCCCAGCUGCUUGAUGACUCCAUGUCCCUGGCCAGGGCUGGUCUUUUGGACUACUCAGUUUCCCUGGGCGUCACGAAGUACUUAAACAACGAGCUUGAAUAUACUCCUUGGAAGUCAGCACUCAACGCCCUUGGCUUCAUUGACAGCAUGCUUGUACGAACCGCCGCUUACGCAAACUUCAAGGCAUAUAUGAGUAACCUCAUGACCCGCAUCUACGAAGAAACAGGCUCGGUGGAAAUGCCUAAUGAGCCCCAAGUGACCGUCUACAAGCGGAUUAGAAUUAUGAGCUGGGCCUGCAGCCUGGGCCACCAAGAAUGCGUUAAUCACAGCAUCAGCACGUUCAACCAGUGGCUCAAAAGUGAAAAUCCAGACAAGAAUAAUCCGGUUCCGGCCAACUUGAAGAGUGUGAUUUACUGUACCGCGAUCAAACACGGCGGGCAGAGGGAAUGGGAUUUCCUCUGGGAACGAUAUCAAAAAUCGAAUGUUGGCUCCGAAAGAGAUUUAAUGCUCACCUCUCUGGGAUGCUCCAGAGAAAUCUGGCUAUUGAAUAGAUAUUUGUUGUGGGCUGUGACUGACGGUUCAGGAAUCAGAAAACAAGACUGCGCCAGGGUAUUUGGAGCUGUGUCCAUGAACGUGGCUGGCUCCACAGUUGCUUUUAAUUUCCUGCGCGAUGAGUGGGAUCGCAUUAAGAGCUACGUCCAGAAGUCUGGUGGAUUCGGAGGACUCGCUGAAUUAGCUGACUUGCUUAUCCCCACCAUUACAGGCCAAUCGGAGUACCAGCAGCUGAAGGAGUUCGCGACGAAGCGCGCCAGCGACUUGGGCCCUGCGACUAGGGCAGUGGAGCAGACUAUCGAGCGGGCGCAGGCCAAUGUCAAUUGGAUGAAGAGGAACGCGAGGAACAUUGAGGCCUGGCUCGAAACCGCCGUCAGCGGAAGUUAAUUUAUGCAGUUCAAUUCGAGAGCAAACUCUGAAUUACUAUUUUCCGGAGAAAAGCGACGCCAAACUCAAUGAUUGUGCAUUUUCUAGAUUUAAAAAAAAUUGCAACCCUGCUACCAGUGCGUGCACUGACGCGCAAAUCUAAAUAGAAACUGUAAAUCUAUUCGCUCUGUACGUACUUACUAACUUCCUCGGCUAUUUUUAUAAACAUUUACUGAUUGUUCUAGUGUAAAAUGCCAUGUCUUUGCUUGAAAGAGACAAAGGCAAAGAACUCUCUUAGUUUUGAAGGGUGCGGUCGUAUCGUACCCCAAGAGUUAAUUAUCCUAAUCAUGAUUUUAAUGUUGUUAAACUAAGUUAAUAAAAUUGUGCACGUUUAAUAAAAAGUG